AUGGGGGACGAAGAAGGACGCGUAAAUACUCGAAGUCAUUCGCGUAAAGAUUUAGAUACUUAUUUUAAGUCCGAUGCGUUUGGAGACUUAGUGAAUAAAGCAAUUACACAGCAAUUCCAAAGUUUCUUAAGUUCAAAAGGUUUUCAAGAUAUGCUUGUAUUGACGACUAAGACAAUCGUCUCCGAAGUGGUGUGCGAUACAGUCGAGUCUGUCGUCGAUAAAGAAAUUGACAAGGUCGUUCAACCUCUAAAGAAUAAAAUAGCUGAAUUGGAAUUUCAGUUAGAUCGAGUGAAGUUGUAG